UUUCAAAUUUAUCAAAUCUAUGGGAACUUCUUUUACAUAUUAAGAAGUUCAGUAUAUUCCAAUGAUAUAUGUGAUUCCUUCACUGCUGCUACUACAAUCAUGAUCUACUUGCCAAUGCAUACUGUUGGCAGUUGUUGCUAAUGAUUACUAUGGCACAAUAUCUUCGUAAUUACUAUUACAUCUAGUUUGUUCAGAAAAUAAGGUAACUAUACCAGGGACGGAUAAGAGACCAGCAUCUGUCAGUGCGGAUCAGUCUCGCAAGCGACACAGGAAAGAGUUGGCUAUUCAUGACUACUGUGAAGGUAAAUUGUGAGGGCAUGAGGUGAAAAAUGCAAUCCAAAAUCCUUCUUUCAUCUCUAGCUCAUGAAAACAAAAGCAUCAAUACAGGUUGGUGCUUAUCAGGCAUUUUUGGAGACAAACGCCUUGUUACCCCCUCUGUGUAGAUGCAUCUUUCUGUUCAGUUAAAUGGGACAUCAAGUUUACCAAUCAAUUGACAUAACCAGUUUUGACCACCAGACUAUUUUCAAACAAAGAGUUAUUUCAAGUAAGAGAAGGAAACUAUAGAAUCUGAUUUGAAAAAUUAUAACAUUGGGAUCUUACUUGAUUUAACCAAUAACAAAUUUCAAAUUUAUCAAGUCUAUGGGAACUUCUUUUACAUAUUAAGAAAUUCAGUAUAUUCCAAUGAUAUAUGUGAUUCCUUCACUGCUGCUACUACAAUCAUGAUCUACUUGCCAAUGCAUGCUGUUGGCAAUUGUUGUUAAUGAUUACUAUUUUGGUGCAUCUAGGUUGUUCAGAAAAUAAGGUAACUAUACCAAGGAAGGAUAAGAGACUAGCAUCUGUCAGUGCAGAUCAGUCUUGCAAGCGACUCAGGAAAGAGUUGGCUAUUCAUGACUACUGUGAAGGUAAAUUGUGAGGGCAUGAGGUGAAAAAUGCAAUCCAAAAUCCUUCUAGCUCAUGAAAACAGAAGUGUCAAUACAGGUUGGUGCUUAUCAGGCAUUUUUGGAGACAAACGCCUUGUUACCCCCUCUGUGUAGAUGCAUCUUUCUGUUCAGUUAAAUGGGACAUCAAGUUUAUCGAAUUACGGUCAAGUUGCCGACAGUUCAACUUGCUAACAGCAACUUACUGACGUAUAAAAUCGAGUAGAGACAUCAGCAAGUUGGUCUUCAAUCCAGUACAACUUAUUAGAAGUUAAAGAUAUAGAAAAAUAAAAAUAAAAGAUCUUUAGCAAAAAAAAACGUUUUUUUUCUUCCAACAAAGUUUAUAAGGAUCUCAUGGCGAAUAAAGCAAGGCAAACAUCGCCAAUGACUAUAAAAGCUUCAGACGCGAACGAGUUAUUGUGUGACUACAAUACUGUAAAGACUCAUCAUGUCAAUUGGUCAGAUUUUUUUUAAGAAAACUUGGCCUUCUAGACAAGAUCUUUAGUAAAAAAAAGUUCUUUUUAUUUCCAACAAAGUUUAUGAGGAUCUCAAGGCGAAUAAAGCGAGGCAAACCUCACCAAUGACCAAAAAAGCUUUGGACGCGAACGAGAUAAUGUGUGACAACAACACCGUAAAGACUCCUCGUGUCAAUCGGUCAGAUUUUUUAAAAAUACUUAGCUUUCUAGAUAAGAUCUUUAAUAAAAACAAUUUUUUUUCCCAACAAAGUUUAUAAGGAUCUCAAGGCGAAUAAAGCAAGGUGAACAUCGCCAAUGACCAAGAAAAGCUUUAGAUGCGAAUGAGUUAUUGUGUGACAACCAUAGCGACCACGCGGAUCCACAUGAUUUCUUAACUUUAAGGACUGAUUUAUUCAUCAUCGAGAACGUUUGAUUUACGAAAAAAAUUUGAUACAUUAUAAAGAUCAAGUGAACAUGUGAAAGCUAGGUUUAUCAUGCAGUCAUUUUGCUCUUGAUGGUCUGUUUAAUCUCAACAUCGAUUUCAAUAAUUGGGCUGCUUUUUUUUUUUCACCAUUCUCAUAUUUCUCCCCAAAAUCCAGACAACUUACUUUGCAAUUGCCUAUCAGCCCUUCUUUGGGUUCUGGUCAGCUUCUGGUUAGAUACUUAUCGUAUUUUUAUGGCCGUUCACCAGCAUUGCCCGGUAUUAAGAUGGACCAAACAUAAACGCCUUCAAAUGUGAGCUACCGAAGCACGAAUCCAGAAUGAUGCUGGUUAUGACACAAUUAUUGUGUGACAACAACACUGUGAAGACUCAUCAUGUCAAUUGGUCAGAUUUUUUUAAAGAAAACUUGGCUUUCUAGUCAAGAUCUUUAGUGAAAAACAAUUCUUUUCAUUUCCAACAAAGUUUAUAAGUAUCUCAAGGUGAAUAAAGAAAGAUAAACAUCGCCAAUGACCAAAAAAGCUUUAGACAUGAAUGAUUUAUAACUAGUUCAUUGUUCGUUAUAGUAAUUGGCAAUGUUUACCUUGCUUAAUGCACCAUGAGAUCCUUAUAAACUUUGUAAGAAGAAAAAAAAAAGUUUUUUACUUAAGAUCUUUUACUUUUCUAUCUGUUUAACUACUAAUAAGUUGUACUGGAUUGAAGACAAACUCGCCGACGUCCUUACUCGAUUUACAUGUCGGCGAGUUGGUGUUGGCGAGUUGAACCGUUGGCAGCUUGACUGGAUACCAGUUUACCAAUCAAUUGACAUAACCAGUUUUGACCACCAGACUAUUUUUGUUGAAAAAUUAUUGUAGACAGUUGUACAAUGGUAAACAAAUUGCUUGAUUUCUAAGUUGCAUUACCUUAAUGCAAAAUUAGAGUUAACUCCUCUCAACCUUCACAAUAACAAUUUGAAUAAUGUAAUAAAACUCAGAUUCAUAAGGAAACAUUUUAAAAACGUUUCAGCAUGACUCAAGCCAUCAUUAGUUUAAUUGUUAAACAUUUGACUUUGUUGUGACAGGUUGCAUGCAAAUAUGUAACAAGUUUCAAACAAAUACAAUAUUUGAAAUUAGUACUGUUACAAUAGUUAAAUUAGGCAAUAGCUACUGCACACAAAUGUAGUACCUGGAAAGAAAGCUAAACAAACAAAAAAGAAUAAUUAUGUUGCAACUGAAUAUUAAGUCUGGUUGCAAGCAAAUAUAAAAUGUUUAAAUUUUUGACAAUAAAUUGUUUUGGCUGAGUCUAGUAUCUGAAAGCACUCAGUGGAACAUUUUUGCUUACAACUUGGAAAAGAACAUAUGUUUGCCUCCACAAGAAUGCAUACACUGCAUGCCUUCUAAAAAAUUUCUUUUAUAGUUUUAUCCGUUUCAAGUAUAAAAAAGGUCUCAUUUAUACAUUGGUAGAUAGAAUUUUCAAGAUAAAAAGAAAAACAACCUCUGGUGUGAAACAAGAUUUUAAAAACCUUUCAAAUGCACUUCAGUUCAACUGCAUUCCUUCUCACCUAAUUGACAAAAUAAUAAUAAUAAUAAUAAUAAUAAUAAUAAUAAUAGUAAUCUAUAAGACAUGUUUUGCAGCAACCUCCAUGAAAACAAAAGUGUUAAUAGGUUGAUAUUUUAUAGGCAUUUUUGGAGACGAUCUCCUUGUUUUCCCCUCUGUGUAGAUUUAUCUUUCUUUUCAGUUAAAUAAGACAUCAAGUUUACCUAUUGGCCCAUCCGGUUUUGACUACCAGACUAUAUUUGUUGAAAAACUCUUGUGGACAGUUACACAACAGUAGACAAAUUGUUUGAUUACUAAUUGCAUUACCUUAAUACAAGAUUAGAGUUAAUUCUCAAUAAUCAUUGAUUUCUGGCAAUUAUAGUGAGCUUGCUGUACCAGGUGUUGCUAGUGUAAAUCAUUAGCUCAAAUAGGGCCUGCAGGUUUUCCCACCAGAUCUAAAUUUAAGUCUGUUUGUCAAUCUCUGACUGUCACAAGAAAAUUAUGAGAUGCUCUGCACACUCUUAUUUUUUACAAUUCACAGUUAUGAUUAAUAAACAAAUUCAAACUGAUUUAGCACAGACAUGAAUUUCCACCUGUGGGUAAUAUUCCUCAAAACAGUUAAUAAUUACAUAGGCAAUCAGUUUAUGUGGUCAACUGUUACUCCUGGGUUCAAAUUGUUUGCCUUUCUCUUCACUGGAGUGCUCUGUCAUAUAGUCCUUUUCAGAGUCUCUUGGGAAGGAUUCUUUAAUCUUGAAUUUUUAAAUGGCUAAAAACCACAUUAUGGAGAAUGACUUUCUCAUGCAUGGCGAAGCCUUACUCUUGAUUCUUUGAAGAUUUAAAUGUUCUUUUAAAUUUUCAAACAUACAAGGACUUAACAUGCUUUAGGUAAGAGUUGUUUAAAAAAAUUUAUUCUUUGGUUUUUAGGUAACUGCCUUUCCAUCAUUCGCCAACUUCUAAAAAAUGAGUACAACAGACAAUCUCAGUUGAAACCACUUCUCUGGGAUAGUACCAUUCAAUUGCCUUUGGAAGAUGUUUACACAAGAUUGAAAAUUUUUUGCAGAAGAAAACAAGAUUUCCGGCUAGGAAACAAUGAAGUAAACAUGUCUGAAAUUUUUAAAGUGGAGAUAACAUCAUUGUGCUUGUAGAAGGGAGCCCUGUUGUAGGUAAGACAACUUUUUGUCUUAAAAUUGCCCAUGAUUGGGCUAAUAAGGCAACUUCGAAGGUGGAUUCCUUUCCUCAAUUUGAAGUAAUUUUAUUGCUCAAAUGCCGCGAUAUUCAUGGGGACAUAAUAGAUGCUAUCAGGAAAGAGCUUAUUGAUUAUAUUGAAGAUUUCCAUUACCAAGGAAAAGUUUUAAUAAUUCUGGAUGGUCUUGAUGAGUUACCUGAGAUGUCAGAAAGUUGUGUGGAUAGAUUGCUUCAAAAAUAAUUUUUCCAUUUUGCUAUGUAAUUUUUGUGCGAAAAAAGGUGAACUUCGAUAUGCUUUUACAAAUUGAAGGCUUUACAAGAGAAGAUGCUUUUAAUUAUAUAAAGAAGUAUUUUAAGAAUACGGGUCCUGAAAAUGUGUCAAAUGGAGAGAGGCUCAUAACAGAAAUGCAAACAAACUCUUUCCUUGAUGCACUAUGGAACAAUCAACUGAAUUUGUCACUCCUUUGCAUUGUGUUUGAGGACCACGAGGGAGAACUGCCAUCUUAUCGCGCUGAACUUUACCAGAUAAUUGUUUGUUGCCUUUUAUGAAGAUAUUGUGCCAAGCACAACCUGGAGGUGCCUGCUGAUGACAAAGCUCUAACAAGGCACUUUGAAGACAGUUUGCUAGUUCUUGGAGAGUUAGCUUGGAGAUGCUGGGAAGAAGAUCAAUUUUCAUUUCAUGAAAAAGAGUUGGUAGAAUUUGAAUCUACACAUGAGAGUCUUGCAGCUUGCAAACUUGGUCUUGUGUUCAAGGAAGCCAGCUUAAGGAAGAUUAACCCACAGCACGGGUAUUUCUUCUUUCACAAGACAUUUCAAGAGUAUCUGGCUGCAUUUUAUCUAGCACAUAUGCUUUUGAAACAAAAGAUUUAUUUUUCUGAGUUGCAUUUGGACUUAUAUGAGGAUCUGACAGAGAGGUACAGACAAGUGUUUAUAUUGUUUCAGUGAGAAAAGAAAUUAUGAAAAAGUGGCAAUGACUCUGUUCCUUUAUUCUAUUUCCACAGGCCAUAACUAUUGAGUUAUCAGAUUAGGAAAGAACAAUAGAGUGGUUCAUUAUUUUGAAUGCCUGCACAAAAUUUUUAAAAAUCAGACUCUCAGAAAUGCAUUUUCCUGCACUCUGAGAUGCAAAUUUUUUAUUCUCUUAAUCAAAAAGUAAUGAAAAUGAAAUAGGGCAAAAACAAUUAUUAGACAUUGUUAUGAAAGUAGUGAAGAACAUGGUGUGGUGUUAAGUGUCAAGUGGCUUUGCCUUGUCUCAAAGUUGACAAGUUGUCAUUUUUGCAGAAUUCUGCAUUCACAGUUGUGAAUUGAUACAUUUCUCUUAUAACUAAUACCUUUAUAGUAUUCACAGAGAUUAAUAAAGUUUUUAAUUUCUUUAACAGUUCAAACAAUUUUAACAGUUUGUAAAGUUGUUUCAUGCACAUAAUUGGCAACUGAGUCUAACUGCUUGGUCUAUUACAUCUUUUGCUUUUGAUACAGGGGGCCCAUUGAUGGAAAUUUGUAACAAGGAGUCAAGCAUGUCAUCUUUCAAUGAAUUUUGGAAGCCUUCUGUUUAUCCGCUUCAGUACACUUGCACCUCUUUCUGGCCAGGCGUUAGUCACAGACAGGCUCUGGGCUACAGCAGACAACUUCACCAGGUUUGGAAACAUUACUUUGAGUAAUGAAAUGCUGCACAUCUUGGUUAGCAACCACUCAGGCAGAGUAUUCCAUGGCUGUGGGAAUCCUGUGCAACGAACUUGAAGUGUUCUUACUCAGACUUGAGGGCUUCAAAUUCCACCUAAUCUGUGGUGCCAAAGUGGUCUGGAAGUGUGGCCAUAUGGUUCACCCCUUAGCUCUUGAAAUCAGUGGCUUCCUUUGCAGGGAGACAUUGCAAUGAGAGAUUGAAAUGGCUUGAACAAGUGGCAGGGAAGGGAAUCUUACUGAUAUGUUCUCUUUCAACCUUGCCAUGUAAGUUGUAAUUAAACCACAUUUCUUGAAAGAAGGAACUUUACACAAGCCCCUUCUCUAUGACAAAUACUGUUGAGCUUUCCCAAAUAUGGGUUCAACCAUUCUUAUUGGAUAGUAGAUAUCUGUCAAAAUCAAAAUGCUUAACUACAAAGCCUGGAAAAAGGAAGAAAAAGGACUGUGGACUGCUUAUACUUUUUUUUCAUUAACUUUAGUCAAUUUUCUAGGAUUGAAAAGCAAGAAAAAUUCAACUGAUACUUCAUUUAUUUGAUAGCACAGUGGUAAUUAGUAUCAGAGGAAAAAACUCAGGCUAUGUGUGCUAAGCAUACUUCACCUUAUUUUGCUGAUUUGAUAAAAUAGGAAAUACCCAGUCUAAUACCCAUACCUUUCAUGGCCAAGUGGCUGUACAAUUCAGUUAGAGGAGAGACUUUGAGAAAGACCUUCCUGUCUUAAUUGACUCAUCUUUUAGAAAGAAAGGUGUAAUAGUUACUGCCAUUUAUGAAUGUCUUGUUACAUGCACUCAGGUAUCCAGUGAGUGUCAUGUGCUUUGUUGAAACUCAGGUUGAAGAUACACUUGUAUUAAUGGUGUUUGAUUGUUCUUGCAUUGAUAUUUGUGAUAUGAUCUCUAUACUCAAGUUAGGUCACAAACUAAAUAUCAUGUUUCAUUUAAGAUGGUUAAAAGAGAAUUUUAAUUGAAGAUCCUUUUUAUGAAAUACAUUUUCUAUUUCAGUUGUUAAUGUUUAGUGCAGAUGAAUUUUAAAUCAGUACAUGUAGUCAAGAAAAACAGUAAGAAAAGAAAUUUCUCAAGCAUUUUACAGCUGUAUGUUGAAACUGCAAAGUUUAAAGUUAGAUUGACCAAGCUACAUAGUCAAGUGAAUUCUUUGUUUCCAUAUUUGUUUCCAUCUUUUCAAUGGAACAAUGCAAACAGAUUUUUAACCUUUUUACUCUCAAGAUCUCAAUUUUGUAUUGAUAUUGUAAAGAGAAAUUGCAUUGUGGUCUCUUCUGGGCAACAAGGCUAAGCUCUUUGCCAGUAACAAGAUUCCAGUCUGUUUCCAUACAAAAUGUGUAUAUUUGAACGCUUCCGGAAUUAGUACAAAGUCCAAAUUAUUUUGAAUUGUUUCAGAGGAGGAUUAAAUAUUGGAAAUAAAUUAUAUGCUGACAAACAAUCAGCACCAUAAAUGUAAUAUUUUUAAUAUACACAGAAAGGAAAUAUAGACCCUGCUUUGAGACCAAGAAGAGGGAUUGAAUUGAGACUUGUUAAAUUUAGUGUAAUGAAACUUUCUGUAUCAUUAAUCUUUCCUUGAUUGUUUUUCAGUUAUGGUGGAAUGCUGAAUGCUUAAAUGAGGUAUAAAUUUCCAAAUGUGAUAGAUGUUGCUUUGGUAGCCAUCACUCCAAUUUACAUGACCACUUUCCAUGGAAGUGAAAGAGACUUUUUCUUUACUGCAGUGACAAAGGUAAUGGUAAAUUUUUUUUUCCUUUUGACGUUUCAACUUUUUCAGCCUUUUCUCUUGUUCAGGUUGAUAAUUAGUUGUCCUCUCCAUAACAUCAGGGAAACAAUUAAUUCACUCAACAUUAAACUCCCAUGUCAUGAGUGACCAAAACAAAAUAUCUCCUUACAACAUCAAGCAGACAAGUGAUGAGACUGAAGUGUCAUGUCAAUGAGGAGAUUAUUAGUUGAUCUGAUACAAAAUUCUCCAAAGUAACAUCAUAAGAAUUGUAUGGCAUAUAGUAAGGAGAAUUAAUAAUGAGAUCUGGGAGUUAAAGGGUCAGGAUUUGUCAAUAGUAAAAGAUUUGAGAGAGUCAGAGUAAUUUUUCUCCUUUUUGAGAAACGUUAUGGAGGAUAAUGAAAAAACAAGUUGUUAUUUGACUCAGUUCUAGACAUUAUUGCUCCUAUCGGAGGAUAUCUAAAAUAUCUGUUUGUUUUUAAUGAUAUCAACAAAAGAAAAACCCAACUAUAAUUGCAAAAUUAUUGCAACAUGGCCAGACUUUUGUUUCUAUGUUUAUAGUUGAUUUUAAAAAAUAAUUAGGUCAAUUAAUAUAAUUUUGUCAUUUAUUUCCAAGGACUUUUUAAAUGCAGAUGCCAAUUGUCCAUCCAGGUUAUGCUAUUACAGCUUUUGAAAUGAUUGAGAUGUUGAAAAAUCAAGGUGCAGAAGGUAAAAUGAAUCAGAGUUAGCUGUAGGAAAUCCAUGGAGUUGCUGAACCCUCAAUUAAUCUAAUGUACAAUGCAAAAACCAGAAAAUAGGUUAUAUCAAAUGUGUUAUCCUAAUAUUAAACGUUUUUUAAAUAAUUUAAAAGAAAAUGGGUAGGAACUCGAAGGGAGAAAUGCUCGUCAAAUCUUGAAAAUGAAGGGGUUUACAUCUUUUGCUGUAUUUAAGUUGGAAAUUUGGAAUGCUGGUAUUAGGCAGGGGACUGGGGAACAGGCAAUACUCCCCUUGUGAGGGAUGUCAUGAGUGUGCUGCAUUAUUGCAUGAGGAAAUUGCCUCAUUAAUGUGUCAUCCUCUUUUCCUUAACCCUUUAACCCCUAAGAGUGACCAAAUUCUAAUUUCUCCUUACAAUUAUAUCAUCCUUGAAUCAAACAUUAAGGUCACAGGAAUCAAGGAAAUGACCACCUACUUAUAAAGCUCUUGAUUUUUCAACAAAUUCUGCUUGUCAGUGUUUCAGGAAAUGUAUAGAGAACAGUAUGGAGAAUAUUCUUAGUGAUAUUAGGGUGUAAAGGGUUAGUAUUAAGGAGUAUAUUAAGUAAGUGAAUCAGACUCCUUUUGAAUAAGCUGUUUGAGUGAGUGACUGUCAUUUAUGUGGGUAAAUAUGACAAGGGGCUGGUUACAUCCUACAUUAUGGCAUGUACAAAUGAUGGUUCAUGAUGUUGAUGAUGUUCCAUACUUGGAGAUCAAUAAUUCUCUGUGAGUGAAACUGGUGUGGAGUUUAUUUGAAAUUCUUUCUUCAUUUUAUAGGACUUGCUGAGCUCUUAAAAAUAUUUAAACUCUGCAAACCGCUAAAGCCAACAGAACAGGUAAGGAUUAUUUGGUCAUCACUCAAGAACUAUGAUAACACUUGUCAUAGGAAGCAGGAUUUUUUUUACACUGUUCAGUAACUAUAUCUGUUAGCCUAUUUACAAGAUCAAUGCUAUAAUAAUAGGUAUUAUUGUUUGUCUCUCAAUUUGAUCACAUAUGAUGUGGAUCAGGAUGUUUUGACUGCAUAAUGUUAGUCUUCAUCAGGUGAUAAGGUCGACUGGAUUAGGGCAGGAUGCAUUGCCGUAAUUGGUUGUUAUUUUCCCCUGCCGUGAUCGGCACGUUUCGAUCCUUGAUGUUAGUGAGUUUUUCCCUGGGUGGUCUUCUGUCAUACAGCACUCUGGUUGUAGUGUUUUUUUUUAGUUGUUUUUUCUUUUUUAUAAUGGGCAUCUACACUUCAGGAUUUUGUAUUCUAUUGUUCCUGUUGAUGUUGUUGGGGUAAAGUCUUAGGUGAAUUGUCUCUUUGACCCUUCAGGUGUACCAGUGAGGAUCACAAUCAAUCAACUUAACCUCAUUCCAAAGCAAUUGGUGUCCAGUGUCGUUGGCAUGCUCUGAAACAGCAGAGGUCUGGGCACGUGCUGGUCGGAUGUCUUGGUCAUGCUCCUAGACUAGUGCUACUUUACUCCUCUCACUUAGCUUAUGUUUCCCCUCCUCUCUCAGCCAGUUACUCUUCCAUUUCCUCCUGAUAUCUCUCAGUCUGGUGUCACAAGUGGCUUGCAUUUGUGCUUGAUUUUUGUAAAAAAUUUUACCUGAAAAACAUAGAAUUUAGGGCUUCCUUGUAGAUGUGUCUUUGCUGAAUUCCAGUAUUGUUGUUAUUGUUGCUGUUUAUUAUCAUUAUUAGUAAUAAUAGGUAGUAGUAGUACUAUUUUCAUUAUUAUUAUGAUCAUUUUUAUUAUGAUUAUUAUUAUUUAAUUUUAAUUAAUGUCAUUAUUAUCAUUAUUGGUGCUCAACUGUCUCCCUAACUCUUGCUGUAUGUCUUUCCUUCUGACCCUCAUCCAUAUAUUGUUUCACCAAUUAUUUAUUUUUUGUUUUCAUUUUAGAUCCCUCACAUUUUGGGCUAGAUUUGCAAUUCUUUCACAACCCUAGCAAUGGGUGAUUAUCCUUACCCAACAGACUUUCUGGCUCCACUUCCUGGGUGUCCUGUGAACUUGGCAUAUAAAAUGAUGGCAAGGGUGUCGUCCAAGGUUGAAGGUCUGACUGAGGUCACAGCUUUAGUCUACAAUAGCACUAAUGGUACACUGACUUGUCUUGAUCCAGAUACAGAGUACAUCGAAUGUGCAGACCCCACUGGGUGUGGCCUGGGUCCAGACAGCCUUGCAUGGGACUAUCAGGUAUUGGGUUGCAUAUCUUACUUGUCCGUAGUUCUAAUUUCUCUUUACAAUCUAUCCCUUGAAUCAAAUGUUUAAGAUAGGAGAAUGAAGGAAAUGAUCAGCAACUAACAAAGCUCUUGAUUGUUUUACAAAUUCUCCUUCGCAAGUCAUUCAUGCUUGUUCGAGAAGUGUAGUUAGUACGCUAGUGACAUGCAGUCCUUUAAUUGAACGCUAGUACAUAACGACGCAGUUCAUUCAUCGGAGAAGUGGAGUUAGUACGCUAGUACGUUGGUACGCUAGUGACACAGUUAGUAUAUGUACUGAUAGUACUGUAGUACUGGUGAACACCGUUAGUACUGUAGUACUAAUGACUAAGCAAAAAACUAAAAGAAAUCUUUCCUAAAACGGGCAGCAUAUGUUCUUGCCUGCUCAUAUUCAGGAAACAAAUGGUACAAAUGAUUCAAGCUUUGACUUAAGUCCGCUAAAGUAUUCAAGGUUUUUUUUUAAAAAUUUGUCAAAAUAAGAUUUAUAUUUUAUCUUUUCAGGUUUGUACUGAGCUUUCUCUUCCAGCUGGUUCUAACAACAAGACAGACAUGUUUUCACCUCUGCCAUGGACUUCAGAAAUGAUAUCCACAUACUGCCAGAAAAAAUGGGGUGUGGUACCUCAACCUAACUGGGCACCCAUACAGCUCUGGGGAAAAGGUUGGUUUCCUUAAGACAAAAGCACUCCUGGUAGGAAAGAGCGUGAAUCAAUUGUUGUGCACAGCAUGUGAUUAUGAUGCUGAGCUGGGCUUGAUUGAACCAGACUUUUUGAUGUUGAGUCUAUCAUGCUAAGCAUUGGGUUACACUAUUGUUUCAAGUCCCAUUUUCAUAGAUCCACACGUUUUCCUUUUUGAAUGGCAGCAAUACCAGUAUUUGAUUUAAUGUGAUACAGAAUUUUUGUCAAAACUAGAACACCUGGAAAAAGUCCAGGGUGUAAUUUGUGGUAAGACCAAUCAGAUGAGAUUAGGACUUGAAAACAAAUCCUAAAACUAGCAUCCCUGUCUGUGUUGAAAAUUUCUCAUGCCUGAUGGGUUAACUUUUCUUGAUACAAUAGUAUUUCACUCUUAUUUCAGUGACCACAGUUUUGCAAGUUUCUCAGUUAGUGUUUAAGUCACUGUGAAACCUUCCUCAUUCUAGUUUUAUGGUCAGAGAAGUCCUUUGUAGGGCAAGAAUAAAAAACAUGUUCUUGUACUGAUUGAUUUUCAGAUAUAUCUUCAUUUUCUAAUUGUUACAAUACGUACGUGAUUACAUGCACUAUCAAUGUCUAACUAGACUGAGAUCGAGUUACAUCUGUAUUGUCUUACAACGCUGUAUGCUACCGAAUGGUUGAUAAAAACGGAUCUUGAAACAUGGUGGCAGCGAAAUAGGAUAACGAGUCCUCCGCCUACCACUUACGGAGUCGAAAACAGUUGAAAUCAUCUUGGUGUAGUAAUGUCCGACUCAGAAACGGUGCCUGAAGCACCACCACCUGGCUCUUCGCAACAGACCCUAACACAACUGGGAGGUGUGCAACACCCACCUUUUGGCGCGAUGGCCGGGAUAAAGCCUCCUGGAAAACUAGUUACGACUGGGAAUGUGGCGGACAACUGGAAAGUAUGGAAACAAAUGUGGGGCAACUACAUGGUCAUUGCUCAACUCGAGCUGAAACCGCCGGCGUACAAAGUCGCAUUGUUUCUCCACUGCAUCGGUGUUGAUGCGUUAAAGAUUUUUAACGGCUUCCAAUUCGACACUCCAGACGAUAGACAUGACCUUGCAAAGAUAAUACAAAAGUUCGACGAAUUCACCAUCGGCGAACUGAACGAAACCUUUGAAAGGUACACUUUCAACUCCAGAAAUCAACAGGAAAACGAAAGCAUUGAUGCUUAUGUCACCGUCCUUCGCACACUAGCGAAAACAUGCAAUUUUUGUGACUGCAUGCGUGAUUCGAUCAUUCGCGACAGGAUCGUCCUGGGCAUUAAAGAUCACCGCACUCGCAAACGGCUUCUACAAGAACGGAGUCUCACCCUGGCGAAGUGUGUCGAUCUUUGCAAGAGUUCUGAGGCAACAAAUUUGCAAUUGAAAACGAUCUCGGGCGCCCAGAACGAAGAUGUUCACGCUGUGCAAGAUAAACACCCGGCUUCAAGCCGCCAUAAUGACAAGUCCAGGAAAAGCCGCGCGGGGAAGACGAAGACCUGUAAAUUUUGUGGCAAAGCACAUCCUUUCGAAAAAGGAAAGUGUCCAGCGUGGGGCGCGAAAUGUACGAAGUGCGGUGGCAGAAAUCACUUUGCAACAACCUGCACUACUCCGACCAGAAAAGUGUACAACUUGAGAGAUGAAUCCUCCGAUGACAGCGACAUGGAGUACAUUACAAGCAUUGUUGCACGACCGGACAUGAUACACUCUGUUACGCAAGAACAUGAUUACCCAAGAGUAAUCUACACUGAGAUGCUUGUCGGCAAGGCAGAAGUGAAUGCCAUUUCCGCGGAUGUUGUGGUUGAUAAGAAGCUUGAGCCCACCACAAAGACACUACAAAUGUGGAACGACACAACACUAAAGCCACUGGGUUCCUGUUGAUUAAUUCUUCACAAUCCAAAGAAUAAGAAGUUCUCGGUGGAAUUCCUUGUCGUUGACAGACAACUGACCCCACUCAUUGGAGCAAAGGCAGCUCAACAGAUGGGCCUAAUUACUGUCAACAAAACUUCACGAUCGCAAAACCACCUGAACGAUCAAGGACAAAGGUUAAGAGCGUGCAGACGGCUGACGAAAUAGUAGCGGCCUACCCAGAGGUGUUCCAAAGAGAGCUAGGAGCAUUACCAGGAACAGUUCACCUUGAAGUCGAACAAGGCGCAACUCCCGUCGUCGCUCCUCCACGCCGUGUCCCAACGUCACUCAAAGAGAAACUGAGGAAAGAACUGGAUCGACUACAGCAAUUGGAUGUCAUAGCUCCAAUCGAUGAACCCACUCCAUGGGUUAGCAGUCUUACCGUGGCUGUGAAGAAAUCUGGAGCGCUGAGAAUCUGUAUCGACCCCAGGCCACUUAACUUCGCCCUGAAGAGAGAAAGGUAUCAACUUCGUGUACUUGAGGACAUUCUCCCGGAGCUCUCCAAAGCAAAAUUAUUCUCGACAGUUGACCUCAAGUCGGGAUACUGGCGCUGUGUCCUUGCCCCUGAGUCCAGCAUACUCACGACCUUUGCAACACCCUACGGAAGGUACAGAUGGAUUCGUUUGCCCUUCGGUCUCUCUGCCUCGUCCAAGAUUUUCCAGAAGCACUUAACUCACGCACUGGAAAGCUUACCUGGUAUUCUGUGCAUCGCGGACGACAUCCUCAUUUAUGGCACUGGAGAUACCGAUGAAGAAGCCACUGCAAACCACGACAGGAGUCUACGAGAUCUCCUUCAAAGGUGCAAGAACCGCGGCAUUGUCCUUAACCCAGACAAGAUGAAGCUGAGGAUGAGCGAGGUAAAUUUCAUAAGGCAUCUCCUGACGAACAAGGGCCUGAAGCCUGAUCCUGCCAAAGUAGAGGCGAUCACAAAAUUGCUGAAGCCACAAGAUGUGGAGGGCGUUCAGCGCCUCAACGGAUUUGUCAAUUAUCUAGCCAAGUUCCUUCCGAAACUGUCUGAAGUCAUGGAACCGAUUCGUCGCCUGACUCGGAAGGACGCUCCAUGGAACUGGUCUUCGGAACAAGACCAGGCGUUUGCAAACGUGCAGCGGCUAGUAACAGAAGCGCCUGUUCUACGUUACUACGACCCUUCCCUAGACCUCACCAUACAGUGUGAUGCGAGCCAGAGUGGCCUUGGUGCAGCAUUACUUCAGAACGGCAAGCCUAUAGAGUACGCAAGUCGCUCCCUUACCGACACAGAAACCCGGUAUGCUCAAAUAGAGAAAGAGAUGCUGGCGAUUAUCUUCUCUCUUGAGCGUUUCAACCAGUACACAUUUGGUCGACAUGUACACAUCGAAAGUGAUCACAAGCCACUGGAGAUGAUUCUACAGAAAUCACUCGCUCGAGCCCCUCGACGCCUCCAGUUAAUGAUGAUGAGGUUACAGAAAUACGAUUUCACCGUGCACUAUGAGUGUGGCGAGAACAUGCAUUUGGCCGACAUGCUGUCAAGGGCUUACCUGCCCUACAACGGUAAAGAAGUAGAUGACUUCGAAUCAGUCAACAUGGUCCGUUAUCUGCCCAUAUCUGACCAUUGUUUAGACGAAAUAAGAGCAGAGACCCGGAAGGACCCGUGUCUGCGAGAGUUGUCAGAUACUAUUCUCGUAAGAUGGCCUGAGAAGAAGGAGCAUGCUCCAGCACUGACACACCCUUACUUCAGUAUGCGUGACGAACUGACCGUACAAGAUGGGCUGGUUUUCAAAGGGAAUUUCGUUGUAAUACCAAAGAGCCUUUGCGCUGAUAUGAAGCUGAAGAUUCACUCGUCCCACCUUGGAAUAGAGGUGUGUCUGAGGCGUGCCCGUGAAUGUAUCUACUGGCCAGGCAUGUCUGCGGAAAUGAAGCACCACAUCUCUGCCUGUGAAAUAUGUAGAGAACUCGACAGCACCACACACCCAAAGGAGACACUAAUGUCCCACGAGGUCCCAUCCCGUCCUUGGGAGAAGAUCGCCACAGACAUCUUUACUCUUGAUGGCAAAGACUACCUGGUCACCAUAGACUACUAUAGCAAUUUCUGGGAGGUGGACAGGUUGCCAACCACUAAAGCCAGCACCACCAUUCUGAAGCUAAAGAGUCAUUUUGCUCGCUAUGGUAUACCUGAUUAAGUGAUCAGUGACAAUGGGCCACAGUUUACAGGUGACGAAUUCGCUGAAUUCUCCAGAAAACAGGAUUUUGAGCACCUUACCAGUAGCCCUGGAAAUAGCAAAGCCAAUGGCAAGGCCGAGUCUGGGGUGAAGACAGUCAAGCAUAUUCUGAAGAAAUCAAUCAGGGCUGGAACCGACCCAUACCUUGCCGUACUCGACUAUAGAAACAUGCCGACACAAGGGAUGACAACAAGCCCAGCACAACGUCUGAUGAGCCAAAGGACCAAAACACUCCUUCCUACCACUCAAAGCCUACUGCUACCCAGGACCAUAAACCUGGAAGUGGAAAAGAAAGAGCUGCGACAGCGCCAGCAGGCCCAAGCCAAGUACUACAACCGGUCCGCAAAGGAUUUACUCAGUUUGUCUGCAGGCGAUGUUGUUAGAAUGAAGCCAUUCAAACUUGGUGAUAAGUCUUGGCGCAAGGCCAAAGUCACUGCAAGACUCGAUGAGCGAUCAUACACCGUUGAGACGGACAACAGAGCAGUCUACCACAGAAACUGACAGCACCUGCAGAAAACGUCUGAACCACCAGUUGAACCCACUAUCACAGCGCCAGAACCGGAUAUGGCCAGCGCAGAUGAACAGGCAACCACAACCGCAGCGUCUACCCCUGACCAGAGCAAUGUUCCUCACAAGCCACACCCUGAAGAGGUGACUGUUCCGGAACAAUGUUGGAGGUCAGAGCGAGUCAGGAGGAGCCCAGCAUACCUCAAGGAUUAUAUUUGUGACUAGACUCGUGACUUUAAAUCCUUCUUCGCGGUUAUCACAGGGUUCAGUGUUCUCAUUUACUGAUCCUCUCAUGUCAAACUCACCAGCUGAUAGAUUUUGUCCCAUGGCAUUGAUUCUGAACUGAACUGACAUUGACACUUUUAUUGGUCAAUUUCUUUUUUCUUUCUUUCUUUUUCUCUUUUUUCAAGCUUUUCUUCAUUAAAAAAAAAAAGAAAAAAAAAAGGAGGAUGUUACAAUAUGUACGUGAUUACAUGCACUAUCAAUGUCUAACUAGACUGAGAUCGAGUUACAUAUUUAUUGUCUUACAACGCUGUAUGCUACCGAAUGGUUGAUAAAAACGGAUCUUGAAACACUAAUAUUAUUUUUUGCAAUGGUGACCUGGGUCCAUGGAGACCUGGUGGGGUAAGUUAAUGGUAUUUGAAGGGCUCUUGUUGCUACUAUUAUUGAUGGAAUCAUAAAUGGUUGUUGGAUUUAAAAUGAAUUUAUUAUAUUUUAGGUGUUAGAAGAUGUCUCACCAACACUGGUGGCACAUCUGGUCAGAGGUGGAGCUCACCAUCUUGAUCUGAGGUAUGUUUUAACCUUUCACUGACCACAUUGAUCAAUAUGCAAAUUCUCCUCCUAUUGUUUAGAAAGUUUAAGAGGUGGUUGCUGACAGUAAAUGAAAUUGUGAGCUCCAGACUGAAAGCCGAAAUUCUCUGCUUUAACUAAUCAUGAAAUGUGUGGUGAGAUGUAGGAAGAAUUUUCUCUGAGAUCUUGGAGCAUGCUAGGUGCAGAGCAUACUAGCUGCCAAAGCCCUAUUUGGGGAUUUCCUUCAUUGAAAUAUGGCUGGUGAGGAUUAGAAAAACAACAAAACCUGUUUCAAAGAAAUUUUCUGAUUAUUGUUGCUAUUUCAGUUUUAUUGAUUAUUGAUGUAAUUAUGUCAAUCAGAGCAUCCAAUCCACUGGACCCUCCUACAGUGACACAAGCACAAGAACAAGAACUGGAACUGAUUCGAAAAUUCUUACAAUAGAGCCAGAUAAUUUAAUGGACAACAAUUACAGUUGUCUCACUAAAAUUUUUUGUAUGAAUUGAUGUAAUAAUAAUCAGACGUUAUUCUAUAAGUCUAUUACUUAAUUUUUUUUAAAUGAUGGAUAAUAGAAAAUGGUAUUUCUGACGAUUGAGUCUGCGAAUAAGGCAGAAAUAAAUAUUUUGUCGGCACAAGAUACGACAAGGCCCGGGCCUUAGGCCCGAGCAUCAUGGGUAAUGAUGCAGUGGUAUAGGCCUCAGAACCAACCGUCCACCUCUGGCUGAUGACAAAUUUAUUUUAGUUUGAAAACUUAUUUUUUUUAACUGUGAAGCCUCGUAGGACGGGCUGCCAACUGCUCUGAGUGUGGGCCAUGGUUCCUACCCAGAUUUCCUGUCAUAUUUUUUCCCCAAAGGGGUUUUUUUCUGGCAGGUUUUUUCUGGCCUCCAUAUAACCAUAGUAAUGUCCAUGUAAGCGGUUGCCCACCUCUGUUAAUCCCAACUUGGUGAAGUGUACAUGUAAGUAAUGUAUACCUAUUUUGAAUGUGUAAGGAAUUGACUUUAUAUUAGGAUUGUAUAUGGUAUAUCAGUUGCGAAUGUGUGUAUGCACGCCUUGGGCUAUAUGUGCCUCGGGUUGGUUCUCGGAAGGCUUCCCUAAAUAAACUUAUUUGGUGUACACUACUGUGUUUUUUGUUGUGUAGUGGAGACUAAAUAGGCAUUUUUCAGCAAAGGUUAACAGUUGAGUCACUUUGUGGGUGUAUAAUUUUAGAUAAAAUUUUCAUGGAGCAUCAGAACUUACUAAUUAGGAAUUAGAAUUUUAAUAUAGAAUCUUAUAUUUUUUAUUUCAUGCAGUGGAUGAAAUUCCAAAGCCUUGCACUAGUUCAAUGCUGUUAAUGAAUGUUUAAGAAUAAUAAACUGUUUGAAAGG